AUGGUGCUGCAGAGAGCCUGGGUGAAGGGUGCCUGGCUCGGGGAGCCCCCAGAAGGGCUACGUGUCCUGCUGGCAAAGAAAUACCACCCUGAUACAAAUAAGGAUGACCCCAAAGCUAAAGAGAAGUUCUCCCAGCUGGCAGAAGCCUAUGAGGUAUUAAGUGAUGAAGUGAAGCGGAAACAAUACGAUGCCUACGGCACGGCGAGUUUUGAUGCCGGCGCAACGGGUGCUGGCGCUGGGCGGCAGUACUGGAGCACCGGUCCAUCCAUUGAUCCGGAAGAGCUUUUCAGAAAAAUCUUCGGCGAGUUUUCGGGGUCCCCUUUCGGCGAUUUUCAGAACGUCUUUGACCAGCCGCAGGAGUACAUCAUGGAACUGACGUUCACCCAAGCUGCAAAAGGUGUUAACAAGGAGAUUGUGGUGAACAUCAACGACUCCUGCGAGCGAUGCAAUGGGAAGGGACACGAACCCGGUACCAAAGCGCAGCGCUGUCACUACUGCAGUGGCACUGGCAUGGAGACGAUAAAUACCGGCCCCUUUGUAAUGCGAUCUACGUGCCGACGGUGCGGCGGUCGCGGUUCCAUCAUAACAACACCAUGCGUAGUAUGUCGAGGAACGGGGCAAACCAAACAAAAGAAGACAGUGAUGGUUCCUGUGCCAGCUGGCGUUGAGGAUGGGCAGACCGUUCGGAUGCCUGUGGGGAAGAAAGAGAUUUUCAUUACGUUCAGGGUUCAAAAAAGUUCUGUGUUCAGAAGAAACGGAGCAGAUAUCCAUUCAGACCUCCUUAUUUCAAUAGCACAGGCUGUUCUGGGAGGCACAGCCAGAUGCCAAGGCUUGUACGAGACAAUCAAUAUCACAAUACCCCCUGGUAUUCAGCCAGACCAGAGAAUUCGAAUGAGCGGGAAAGGCAUUCCCAAGGUUAACAGCUACGGCUACGGAGACCACUACAUUCACAUAAAGAUAAAAGUUCCUCAGAGGCUGACAGAUCGCCAGAGAGCCUUAAUGAUGAGCUAUGCCGAGGAUGAGGCAGAUGUGGAUGGUACGGUGAACGGAGUCACAAACACCGCAUCAGGGAAACGUUCUACUGGAAACUAAGAGCCAGCAGCAGCAGAUCAUCUUUGCAGUCGGGGAUGAAUCUUUCUGGCAGCGGGCUCUGGAGAGCGAAGGAUGUCAGUCAGCAGCACAGUGAGAAUCCCAGCUGGAGAGGCUAGAAACCACGGAGGCAUCAACAGUCAUCACGAUAACAAACCCACCCACCGUCCUAGGAAAUGGUAAUGAAGGAAAACGCCAGCUUUGCAGAAACGCAGCUCUCUCGCGAGGUUGCUCCACAGUCCCUACUGCUGCUGGAAGCCUUUUUGGUAAAAAUUAAAGUUGAAAUAUUAUUUAGAAUGCAAAACAGUGGGAAUGUGAAAUAAAAAUUCUCUUUUCCAGCGCAGAGUGGAGCAGUUUGCUGUGUGGAGCCCAAGAUGGCUGCUGCUCACUCUGGUGCCCUUCUGAAUGCUAGAUGUGCUCGGUGCACUUAUCACUGCUUAUUUUCUCCUGGGAGACUCGGUGGGUCAGUGAAUUUUAACCCUGUCUUCACGACAGCCCUCCUCACUGUCCCGCACACCUCCAAGCGGGAAGCCUCCCUGUGGCUGGGACUCGUCAGAGCCCAGCUGCCCUGGCUCCCCCAGCAGCCCUGGGGUUUCUUAGUCCUGCUGAUUUCCUGCAGAGAGCGCAGUGAUGGAAUCUGCACUUUGCCUCAGGUUUCCCUCCCCCUGCCAAUAACCUAAAUUACAACACAAAUGCUGUCGCUUCUGAAUGGGUACAAGUUUAUCACCAAGCCCUUUGCCAGUUUGGGAUAAAGUCUUUUAUUACAUUAGUGCAACACCCAUAGCAUCAAUGAUUGGUCAAAGAGUCAUUGUUCCUACAUGUGUGAGAAUACAAGUGAAGUGGAUCGCUCCUUCCAGGUGGAGUCGAGCUCUUGCAGUGAGUAUUUUCAUGGUUACUGUAGCCUGCUGUUGUUAGUUUUACCGUGCAGGUACCAUCAGCCCACAUACUAAUCGACCAGUUAAACAAGGACAUGUCGUCGUCUUGCCCUUCUUAAUUUGCUGAAAUAAAGCACGCGUUGCCUCCUGAUUAAACUGUCUGUAAAGUGAUCCUGUAUCCAUGUAAAUAAGAUUGACUUCAUAAAGAUAUUUAACAUGUGCUGUGCCUUGCUGCCUCGUCUACUCUUCCAACCUUCUCUGUCACCCCCUUUCCCUCCCCCAGAAACAGGAACGACGGUCUGCUCUCAGACAAGGAGAGGGCAGGGCUAGAGGGCUUGAGCAGCUCUCUGGUGGCUGCAAUCGGCUUUAGGCCUGGGCAAGGACUGC